GUUCAAGUAUCAGAGCUACAACUGCGUGAUGCACCUCUUGGCUCUCAGGGUUGGAUCAAAGCUUGCGGAGUGGAUGGGCGACAAGACUUUCCAAGCCGACUGCGACAGAUGGGUUAAGCCAGCGCAUGAAACGAUGGUGGAGGCCCUUUGGGUGGAUCUUCCUGACAACGAGCUCGGACUUAGGGGCUAUUUCGCGAACGGGGACUCGGACAAGGAUGCCAUCAUGUCGGACACCUUCUACGGGCAAGUCUUGUCAGACACCCUUGGCCUGGGACAGCUCGUGGAUCCGCAACUUAUGCAGGAGCACCUGAAGGUCCAACUGGCUUGGGCAGGCAACUCCACGAAGCACGGCAUGGCCAUUCUCGGCAAUCGCAUCGGGGGAACGGCCAGCGGCUGGCCG